AUGCAGGUGGCGCAGCUGAGCAUCAUGAACGAGGAAGCCACGGGCGGGGUCGAGGUUACUCACAGCACACCUCCGCAGGCCAUGAAAGGUCUGUCGGGCCAGAUCCGGGGAGGACCUCCCAGCCCUCAAGAGGCGAGGUUCCUGACAUACAGGACAAGGCAGAACCAGCUCACCACUGGGGGAGACAAUGGCCCCGCUGCCGGGGCGAUGCAAGCACUGCUCACGCUCGUGGCGACGCUGCUGCGAGCCACUCACAAAGGCGGCACGGUCGUGGGCUGUGCGGGCCUCAUCAACCGUGGGCAUGGCCUGAAGCACCAGCCGAGCACUGGAGGUAAAGAAACGCUUCUGUGCACCAACGACGGAGGCGGGAGGGCAGACAUGGCCAGGCGUUGGGCUGGCCCUUUCAUCCACUCCGUUUUUGACAAGUCUCAUUUCUACGCCGAAGUCAGUGAGGACUGA